AAAAAAACAAACAACACAUUAAAUAAAAACCGAAUGCAAUAGCCCCUUUAGCCCUUUGGUCUACAGUGCGAGUUUUGUAUUUGACAGUAACAUUUGUUCGUCUUUUCAUGAAAUUUACUGAUUGAUUCAUAAGCAGCAUUGAUUUCCAAUGUUCCCUGUGGGUUUCCUCUUGCGUUCAUUAAAUGGGUGGUCGUGAUAUAUAGUACGGGCAUAGUAUGAUAGGAAUCAAUCAGAAAAGGCAUCUCUUGUAUGAUGGAGCUAACAGUGCAUUAUUUCAGUCAUCACCAUGUUUGAAGUUAAGGCAAAGUUAACGUUAGAUGCCUGUCUUUGAUAAUUGAUGCUCUAACCUAUUAUGAUGGAUGGAUAUAAUUUCAAUUUGAAUUUUACAAUAUAUGACAUUAUUUUGAGUAACAUAUCGAAUUUGACGAAUGUGGAUAUCAUUGAACAAGGAAGACCACAUCAAGUAUCCACUGGACUUCUGGUCCUUCUGGCUUUUCUUUAUGGAUCAAUCUCUUUAGUAGCAGUACUAGGAAAUGCUAUGGUUAUAUUUGUGAUUCUUAGAAACAAGAAAAUGCAGUCCAUAACCAACAUUUUUAUUGCCAAUCUUGCAUUUGCUGAUGUCAUCAUUGGAGUAUUUUCUAUACCGUUUCAGUUCCAAGCUGCUUUACUUCAGCGCUGGGUCGUUCCUUAUUUCUUGUGUCCUUUGGCGCCAUUUAUUAAAAACCUGUCCGUGUGCGUGUCUGUUUUCACAUUGACAAUUAUUUCCAUAGACAGAUACAUAGCUGUCAUGCAUCCUCUUAAAGCAGGCAUACAAAUGAAAGUAGCUGUAUGGAUUCUUGUAAACAUUUGGUUGUUCGGUAUAUUCUCAAGUUUGCCUAACUUGAUUUUCUUCAAAGUUAUUCUCAUUCCUGAUGAGCCAUUCUUUCACCAAAUGAAACCAUUUUGUUCACACGCCUACCCCUCCGAAUUGUUUAGGAGCCUUCACAUAUAUUUUCUUUUUAUCGUCCAGUACGCGCUGCCUCUCGUGGUUAUUAACAUCACAUACUUCCGUAUUGUGUAUAGAGUAUGGGGUACGAAAACUCCGGGACAAGCUUUGGACAGACAGGAAAUAAUCAGAACAAGGAAUCGUAAAAAGGUUGUAAAGAUGCUCAUUAUUGUUGUGUGCCUGUUUGUUUUAUCCUGGCUGCCUUUGCAUAUCUACCAAGUUUCAUCUCAAAUAGAGCCAGAUAUAAACAAGUACGAAAAUAUUCAUAUAAUAUGGUUCUGCAGUAACUGGCUAGCCAUGAGCAACUCAUGUUAUAAUCCAUUUGUCUACGGUCUACUCAAUUCAAAGUUUAAACGAGAAUACCAGAAACUACUGCCGUACUGCUCAUAUUGCAAGCGUCAAGAUCAAGAUUUGGCGGACUAUUCCGAUGAAAGUGCCGGAAGUAUCCGCAGAUCGCAACUCGUGAGGACGCAUACCUCCUCUCUAAAAACCGGAAGUUAUCAACAAACAGUGCAGAAUAGAAGAAUAGUCAGCUUCAAAAGACCUUCUACAAACACUACUGAGUUGUAGCUCUCUCCUUAUACAAUAAAAAUGUGUAAAAAUAAUUCAAAUUUUGUUCAAAAAAUGUACAUUGCAAUUUAUGACAUUAUGAUGUGAAAGAACAUUAUGUUCAAAAUUUAUCAUACUGUAUACCAUUGAAUUUUGCGAUACUUUAUUCUUGUGAGACAGAUAUUAAGCCAGACAAAUAUUUCAUUAAUCUUUAGUUAAUUAUUACGUAAAAUCUAUGAGAU